UUCUAUUGAAACCAUAAUAGUUACUGUUUAGAUUUCGACAUAAUAUUGACGUUAAUAGAGGCGGGUGGUAUCAACGUCAACAGAGUGGAGGCUUUCUUCAUUUUAUAUUCAUAAUUUCAGUCAACUUGCUGACAGUAAGGGCGCCGUCUCACUGCGGCGUAUUCUGUAAGUUCUCAUCGGCCAUCGGUUCUCCUUCCUUGAUGCCCCGCUCACUGCCACUUCUUGCCAAUCCGGUUAGUUAUAUCAGUGAUUUUAGUUCGAUUACGGAUCUCCUCUUUCCUGAUACAAUUUCGUAAAGAAACACCGGGCAAAGAUUGGAUGGAGCUUCUUUAUGAGGUAAAUAGUAAAACACCGCGUUUCUGUCGGUAGUACCAAUGUAAUUCCUUGUAAUCCACUAACUCACACUGGUUCUAAACCUUCGUUUUGAAACUUUGUACACAGUUCGCAACAAAAAUAUUCGCGUCCACAAGAAUUACCUAAUGUGAAUCUUCUUUCGUCAUAUUCAAAAUGUUACCAUUGUCUAGGGGGAUCAAAACAGGCGAUCAACCGUAUUCAUCAUGCGCCGCAAUCGUGUAGCGCCCUAACAAGAGGUUUUUAUAAUAUCGCCCAUUUUAUUGUCAUUCACGUUACAAUGUUAAAUUGAAAAUCGCUACGAUUUUAAACGGUUUUAUUAUAAAAUUAUUUUCAUCUAUAACAUUGGUCUUCGUGGGACACAGCGAUAAAGUCGACCAAUGUUUAAAUCCUUCUCUUUUCAGUAUCAUGAAUUUGCUGUGUAACUUAUUGCUAGCUCUUUCUGUAACAGAUGUAAGACUAGUUAUCGACAUUUUUAAACUAAAAAAUUUAAAAAACGGUGUAAUAUUUCAUUGUUACGAUAACUAUGUCGUGAGUAAUGUGCAUAAAGUAUUGAACGAGCAUGGUAUCUUGGUGGCGAGCGCUAACAUUGAUUAUAACGUAACGUAUAAUGUGGCGACGUCUUAUCCAAAGGUUGGAUUAGUAAUAGACGCCGCUUGUGAACGAUGGACUUCAGUAUUAGAUUCGGAUACAAUAUCCUUUCAAGGGUAUUCCUUUAUAAUAAUAACGGAGGAUGUGACGGGGACUACCGAGAUGUUAUCCCAGUAUCCCAUAGAAGUGGACUCCGAUGUCAUUGUCGCCCAUAAAAUUAAUCAAACAUUUAACUUGUACGAAGUUUUCAAUACUGGAACAAAAUACAGGGGUACUUACAAUGUCAGAAAGGUAGGUCAUUGGAAUACUUCACUGUUUAUCAACUCGCCCAACCGUUGGAACUUGCAAGGAAUAUUCGUGAAGACGGCGGUGAUCAUCCUCACGACGCCCAGGAUAGUGAACCAGACCAUAGAACAGUAUAUGGAGAAGCCAAUUAAGUCGCAGAUUGAUGUGGACACCGUGCACCGUAUGAAGUACUUUAUUAUGUUGAAGUUUAUGCGAGAUAUGUACAAUAUCAGCUAUGACAUACACCGCGUUAGUACGUGGGGAUACCAACGCAAUGGUAGUUUCGAUGGCAUGGUGAACGCUCUUUAUCAAGGCAUGGCAGAAAUUGGAGGAGCCCCUAUAUUCUAUAGGAUAGAUAGAGGUGAACGUGUUCAGUACAUCUCCGAAGUUUGGAUGUCAAGGCACAGUUUUCUGUUCCGCCACCCAAAGUACCCGGGCGGUUUCUACACGAUAUACACGCGGCCUCUCAGUGACGUGGUGUGGUACUGCGUCGUCGCCAUGUUAGCGGUGACAGCCAUCACCCUGUGGGUGAUGCUGGUGGUGCAAAACCAUAAAGGUGAUAAUGAGGACUCCUCAUUUAGUUUAGCUGGACUUGUGAUAUGGGGCGCUAUUUGUCAGCAAGGGAUUUCAAUAAACCGUGAGUCGACGUCAACUAAGCUAGUGAUUUUCACCACAUUCGUGUACGCGGUGACAUUGUACCAGUACUACAACGCGACGAUAGUGUCCUCCUUGCUGCUGGAGCCUCCCAGGAACAUCAGGACACUGAAGGAUAUCUUGGACAGCGAUCUGAAGGCCGGCUCCCAUGAUAUUGUGUAUGAUAGAGAUUAUUUUAAACGCACAACAGAUCCAGUAGCAAUAGAACUGUAUCACAAGAAGGUCGCAACAUCCGCACAGUACAAUUUCUUCACACCCGAGGAAGGAAUAGCGUUAGUGAAGAAAGGAGGCUUUGCCUUCCACAUAGACACUACAUUUGCGUUCCCUCUGAUUAAGGCGACGUUCACCGAGAGGGAGAUCUGUGAGACCACGUUAGUACAGAUGUAUCCACUGCAGAGAAUGGGCGUCGUGGUUAGAAAACACUCGCCGUAUAAGGAACAUAUUGCUUACGCCAUCCGAAAGAUGUACGAAGUGGGUCUGCCCCCUCGCAUCCAAUCAGAGAUCGACGAGCCGAUGCCCGAGUGUGCGCAUACGCCGGACUCCAGUAUAUUCUGUGUCGGCAUCAGAGAGUUCUCUACGCCACUGCUAGCACUCACAUUCGGGAUGGCCACUUCUAUAGUCGUACUAUUUUGCGAAAUUAUUAUAGAUAGAGUUGUUCAAUUAGGGAGUGUGCGGGAUUUUAGGCACUAAUUAGAGGUAGGUUUAGACUUUAGUAACUUGAUGUAGUUUAGGAUUUAGCUGUAGUUUCUCCAGGGUUGGUCUACUAAGAGGACCCGGUGCCUCCUUUAGGUGCAGAUGGUGGCCACCAGGGAGGUUUUAGUGAGGUAAAAAUCCGAAACUCCCUAGUAUUUUCUCCAAAAAGUUAGGCGCCUUUUGAAGGUUUCAACACGUCUACAAAAAAAGGAUUAGCUGUAGUUGAUGAUGUAAUUUAUAGUUAGCAAGAAACAAUUGAAUGACAAAAGUACCUGAUAGUAGAAAAGUUUCAAUGAUUAGAUUUGGGCAUUGCCUACUGCUUCAAAGUAGAGACUUAGUAAGAUUUAUAAAGUAAUUAUAUAUGCUUCAAAAAAUGAAUUUGUAGAAUAUCCAUAAUGAAUGAAUAUUAAUAAUGAAAUUGGCUGCAAUCAAAUAACAACUCUUGAAAAUAAGAUAAGUAAAACAGACUGUGAAUGACGAGAAUAUACCAAUAGGUACUUAGGUGAUAACACCACUAGAUAAUUAUGUGAUACACAAAAUAUACUGCAACUGCUUUUUAAAAACUGCAUGUGCAAUACCAAGUAAAAAAUAAAAACCAACAAAAUAUCUUC